CAUCUCUGAGUUGAUGUUGGACACAAACACUUUGACCUUCAAGCCCAGUGAAGAGACCUUUCAGGAGAGUAUUGCAGAGGUCAUUGGGCAGUUUGAGAAGACGGUGCUGUCGGUUAAUGCACUUGCAGUAGAUCCUGAUUUUGAUUCAGUGACACAACCUGAAGAGUUUGAGAUACUGGAAAACAAAUAUGAAGAUGGCCCCAGUUUGGAAUUCAUCAUCGAAACUGACAGCUACCUUCAAAGCAUCAUCCAAAACAUCAGGGAAUCCCUGCAGGUUGCCUUUGAUGCAGCAAUAGUGUACUCGCAAGGCUUUGAGCGUUUCCGACUGUUCUAUAAGGAGAACGAGAGUCUGGAUCUGGAAGUGAUGCAGCAACAGGAUCAGG